AUGCUGCCAGUUCAACCAAAUGUUAAUGACAGGGAGAAAAUAUCUGAAAUUGUUCAUGAUAUAUUGAACGAAAUAUCUCUAGAAGCACUCUCUUUAGCGAAGGGUUUAAAUAAUCGAAUAAAUAAAUGUGUACCAUUCAAAUAUCAUCAUAUUGCUUCAAUUUUAAAUGAAACUCUUGAAAUAAAUAUUAAUCCAUCAGUACUUGAAAACUUAUUAAAUUUUAUUUCUGAGAAAAAAUUGGCUGAUGAUUAUAUUAAAUUUUUUCAUGAUUUUAAUGUUGAAUUAAUUUUAUCUGCAUAUUCAUUGAAUAAGUCAUUAUUACAUAUAUAUGUUGAACUUUGUGCACCCAUUCUAUUAGUACCAUUUUGUGAUAGAUGUCCAAAUUGUAACAGAAAGUUUGAACUAUUAAAUAUGAAAUGGAGAACAACAAACAUUUUUAAGCAUGAUGGAACAAGUAAAAAAGGUACUAUGUUAUCAUUUAAAUGCGAUUCAAAGGAAUGUCACAUAAUAGUAUUUUCAAAUCAUUAUCGUACCGAAGAAGCUUGUGUCGCUAAUUUCCCAUCGUUUAACAAUAAUUUAUUUUAUUAUUAUGAUGGUGACUCAGCUUGUCAACGUACGAUGUUUGAUCAAUUUGCACUGCUGCUGAGUCGUGGACGAACUACUUUCUAUGGUUUUACUGACACGAUGAAUUCAAUGCCGGGUCAGAGAUGUAGUUAUAUGGAUCGAAGAAAAUUUGAAUUCGCCUUUUUGACCUAUGAGUGGAUUAAAUAUUCUUUAUUUAUUGGCAAGCAACAUGUAUUUUUACCAAAAUUUUCUCGAGGUUCGAACGAGAAAUCAUUUGAUCAGCAAUUCAAAAGAAUUAUGGAGAAUUCAUCAAAUGAAUAUACAAGAUUUUGGUCGAAAAUCGUUCUUGAACAAAGAAAAUGUUUAAUAGUUGAUGGUACGUGGAAAUUGCGUAGAGCUAUAUGUUCCAAUAAAUCUGUAUAUCGAUAUAGUCAUGCAUAUGAUUUGAUUGAAACAGGUUGUCCAAAUACACGUAUGUUAGUUUAA